GGAAGUUUGCUCUGAAUGCGAAGAGCGUAAUGUGUGCAUGAAUGUGAGGCUGUGUUGUGAAGACAGCUGAUUUUGUGGCUGCAGUUUCACAUGGUACAAUCCUUCACUUUGAUGAUAAAACAGCGAAAGGAUGUUCGCGGGGCUGCCGGAGCUCGGGAUCUCUAACGGGGAGGAUCUGAAGGAGACCCUCACCAACUGCACUGAGCCUCUGAAAGCCAUCGACCAGUUCCAGAUAGAGAAUGGCAUCCUGCUGCCCACGCUGCAGUCCGCUCUGCCCUUCCUCGACCUCCAUGGAACUCCUCGGCUGGAGUUCCACCAGUCUGUGUUUGACGAGCUCCGAGACAAGCUGAUGGAGCGAGUUGCCACCAUUGCUGAGGGCAAGGAGGAGGACAGAUAUGGGAAGCUUGAGGAGCUGCUAGAGAAGAGCUUUCCCCUCGUCAAGAUGCCAUCCAUUCAGCCAGUUGUCAUGCAGGUGCUGAAGCAUCUUCCCAAGGUACCAGAGAAGAAACUGAAGAUGGUGAUGGCUGACAAGGAGCUGUACAAGGUGUGUGCCGUGGAGGUGAAGAGGCAGAUCUGGCAGGACAACCAGGCUCUGUUUGGGGACGAAGUGUCCCCCCUCCUGAAGCAGUACAUUGUGGAGAAGGAAGCCGCUCUGUUCAGCAGCGACCUCUCCAUCCUGCACAACUUCUUCAGCCCGUCUCCCAAAACACGGCGCCAAGGGGAGGUGGUGCUAAAGCUGACACAGAUGAUUGGGAAGAAUGUGAAGCUGUAUGACAUGGUGCUGCAGUUUUUACGGACGCUCUUCCUGAGAACACGAAAUGUCCACUACUGCACCCUGAGAGCAGAGCUGCUCAUGUCUCUUCAUGACUUGGACAUCAGUGAGAUCUGCUCUGUGGACCCCUGCCACAAGUUCACCUGGUGUUUAGACGCCUGCAUCCGGGAGAAGUUUGUGGACGGGAAGAGAGCCAGAGAGCUGCAGGGUUUCCUGGAUGGAGUGAAGAAAGGACAGGAGCAAGUCCUCGGGGACCUGUCCAUGAUUCUGUGUGACCCGUUCGCCUGUAACACCCUGGUGCUGAGCAUCAUGAGGAACCUGCAGGAGCUGCUGAGUCAGGACUCUCUACCCAGGGACAGUCCCGACCUGAUGCUGCUGCUGAGGAUGCUGUCCCUGGGUCAGGGGGCCUGGGACAUGAUUGACAGCCAGGUCUUUAAAGAGCCUCGUUUGGAUGUGGAGGUGGUGACCCGCUUCCUGCCUGCUAUGAUGUCAGUGGUUGUCGACGAUCACACCUUCACAGUGGAUCAGAAACUUCCCGGUGAGGAGAAGAGUUCCCCACCAUACCCCACCACCCUUCCGGACGCCUUUACCAGGUACCUGCAGGAGAACAGAGUGGCCUGUGAGAUGGGUCUGUACUACGUCCUCCACAUCGCCAAACUGAGGAAUAAGAAUGCCCUGCAGAGGCUGCUGCCCGCCCUGGUGGAGACGUACAAUGACAUGGCCUUUGGAGACAUCUUCCUCCACCUGCUGACGGGACACCUCACCCUGCUCUCCGAUGAGUUUGGAUCAGAAGACUUUUGCUCGGUUGUUUACGACGGCUUCCUUCUUACUACUUUCUCCAGUAAAGAGAACGUGCACAGACACACCCUCCGGAUGUUGCUGCAUCUUCACCAAAAAGUGCUGCCAUCACACGUGGAAACCUUGAUGAAAACCCUCGAACCUCCAAAACAGGUUGGCUUCAUUUCUACAUUCAGCUUGUGCUUUACAUGGACUGGAGUUGUACUGAUUGGUGGAUCUACCUCUUCCUGAUUCUACCCAAGUCUUACGGUACGUCCAC